UUUAGUAAGAGGCGUUGUCGCACACCAACAAGCUCUUCCAGGAUUAGCUAGUUAUAUACCCGCCGCUCGUCACACAUUUUCAUACAUUACACGUUUAGGUGCUCGGUGCUGCACACGAUUCGUCAGAGUUCCAAAUAUUUCAAGAAAUAAAGAUUAAGUAAUGGCCAACUACAUUCAUGUACCAGAUGAAGCUCCUGCUGUGCCCAAAAUAGAUGUUACAGUGGACGAAAGCGACUACAGAUCCGGUGCACUGAAGCUGUUGAAGGAGCUGAGACCGAGUUGGAAGCCGUCUGAGGUCAAAGUGAAGUUUUUCACAGACGGGAUUACUAAUAAGCUGCUGGGCUGCUACGUGGGUGCAAUCAUGCAGGAUGUGGUUCUGGUCCGUAUUUAUGGCAACAAAACAGAAUUGUUGGUCGACCGGGAAAAUGAAGUAAAAAGUUUCAGAGUACUACAUGAAAACCGCUGUGCUCCACACCUAUACUGCACCUUCAACAAUGGCCUUUGUUAUGAAUUUCUGCAAGGAACUGCCCUGGAGCCUGAGCACAUUCGCAGCACACCUGUGUUCAGUCUCAUUGCCAGGCAGCUGGCCAAGUACCAUGCCAUCCAUGCGCACAAUGGCUGGGUGCCCCAGUCUGACUUGUGGCUGAAGAUGGGAAAGUACUUUGCUCUCAUCCCCAAGUACUUUAAGGACCCUGAGCAGAACGCCAGGUUGAGUAUGGAGGUGCCAAACCCACGGUGCCUCCGAGAAGAGCUGGUGUGGCUCCAGCAGAGCUUGUCUGUGCUGGGCUCCCCCGUAGUUCUCUGCCACAACGACCUGCUCUGCAAAAACAUAAUUUAUAAUGAGGAGGCAGGCAAUGUAAAGUUCAUUGACUACGAGUAUGCUGGGUACAAUUACCAAGCCUACGACAUUGGGAAUCAUUUCAAUGAGUUUGCUGGCCUGAAUGAAGUGGAUUAUAGUCACUACCCAGAGCGGACCUUUCAGCUACCGUGGCUCCGCUCCUACCUGGAGGCCUAUAAGGAGCACAAAGGCCAGGGCAGUGAAGUAACUGACAGAGAGGUGGAAAUUCUUUAUGUCCAAGUCAACAAUUUUGCACUAGCAUCUCAUUUCUUCUGGGGUCUCUGGGCUCUGAUUCAGGCCAAGGUCUCCACCAUUGACUUUGACUUCUUGGGAUAUGCAGUCCUGCGCUUUAACCAGUACUUCAAGAUGAAACUGGAUGUGGCUGAGCUGAACUUACCCGAGUAAAAGCCCCCGCCCCCUCGUGUUCUCUUCCUCCUGCUCUUCCUCCCUUCCAAUCUGCUCUGAGACUCGCAUGACGACUGCAGAGCGCCCUGUAGGGUUUGUUAGUAGGGAAGAGCCAGACUGAGAGUCUGUCCUGUUCAGUGCCUACAGGUUCCCUCUACAUGUCUGUAUCUCUAUAGACUGAAUGGACCACAAGCUUCUCCAUCCUCUGCUGUCACACCUUUUGUUAACUGGUAGCCCAACUCAUUUGUAAUGUGGGCAUAUGUGAAGUAGAGACUUUUAAGACCUGCUAUAAUGUGAAGCCCACAUGGCUGAAUUUAUUCUGGUCAUUAAUUAUUCUAAUAUCAAUUAGGAUAUAAACAUGAUAUCAGCGUAUUGUAUUUAUAUAAGCAGCUUUUCUUGUAGCUCAAAUUACUUAGUUGGUAGUGGAAUGUCACCUUAUUCACCACCAACCUAUAGUAAUUGCCUACAUGAACGACCGGUGGCCCCAACACUAAUCUGAUCACCUGGAGACCGCUUCCUCAUGUGUGCAUUCUAGCCAGCCAAGCUAAUGACCAAAUUUAUAUUUGCAUGAAAGCUAUACAAAGCAUUCUUUGUUUGCUAAAGAACCAAGAUGAAAGAAUUAAAAAAAAAAAAAUUCCAACAUGGAAAGACCAGUGCUGUUCCUAAAUCCCAUGUGAGAUGAGCCAAAUCACUCAAAAACAAAACAAAACAAAAAUUGAAAACAAACUUGUGGCCUGCCUUGUGACUUUCUUGUUUUCACCUGCAUUUCCAUCAGCAUACUGCGCAUGGGUGGUGCACCAGAAUAGCUGUGUAGCCAUUGGGCUGUGUAGUUUGGUAAGAACAUGUGUGUUGCGGCUUUCUGGACUGAAGGUAGAAACCUUGAGUUGGAGGAGAGCAUCAAUAGUUGCACUGUGAGCAGUCUUUUGACUUGAGGGAGAUUUUCACUGUAAUGUGCGUUUCAUGUUUGUUUUGACACAUGGCUUUUGUCGAAGGUCUUGACUGGGGACGAGCUUGCGUCUCACUGUAAUUUGAACAUUCCAUGUUCAUAAUGCUGGAUAGGAAAUUUGGUUGUAGUUCACAUGGUAAGUUAGCAGUGCUGGGGACGUUAUUCACUGUGACAUUGACUGUACUAAACGAGACCAAACCAUUAUAUUGUCGGCUCCGUGUCAGGGAAGGUUGGGAAUCAUCUCUAAUAUUAAAGAACGCUGCUCUUCAGUCCUGAUGAAGUUUUUUUAGACUUUAGACCAGUUUUUGACCAGUUGUGUAUUAGGACAAGUGUGAUACGGCCUUGCUGACUGUCGGAUUGCUUAGCCAUUAUUGGUAUGCACAUUUUUAAGCGCCCAAUGUUGAAAAAUAUUUGGGGAAAAGAAAGUGGACUUGGUUGCAUACAUACAUACAGUACAUACAGAACAUACAUACAUACAUACAUACAUACAUACAAACAGUUUUGUUAAAACAUUGUAGUAAAAGUCAGCCGUAAGUGGGACCUGAGGAGCAAGAGCAACCAUUAUUUUUUUUCUUAGAUGGUCUGUUGGGGAAAAAAAAAAAAUAAUGGUUGCUGUCAGUGACUGUUCUUGUUAUUCACCUUUGACCUCCAUGUUAAAAUGUUCAUGGUUUUUAAAGGAGCUUUAGGAGGCCCUUUUUAAAAACUAGAACAGAUUAAUCUCUUGGUUACUUUAACAAGCCUACCCCCAAGUGCUGACAUCUGUUUUCUUGCUUAUUUCCAUAAUGCACACUGUAUCAUGUUCCAUGUAGCAAGAAAAGAGAAUUGGUAUAAAUAUUAUAGACUUUUUAUACUUGUUGCUGAGGCUGAGGUCUUUGAGAGUGUGUAGAUGUUUGCUAACGCAGUAGCAGAUGACUCUUGGGGCAAAUAUAGCAUAUUUUUUAAAGAAGAAUAAAAAAAAAAUUAAAAGUGCCAGAAAAGCAAGUGAUUUUUUUUUCCGAGCAACUUUAAGUUGCUCGGAAAAAAAAUGAGCAUGAGCGUCACGUGUAAAAUAUGGUGAAACGCAUUUUCUUGUUUACUCCAAAACCGUUUGCAAAUCGCAUGUUGAGCCAGCUGUUCUCAGUUGCACCACGUGUGCAAAGCUCCUUGAAGAGCCAUUACUGACAAGACUGGUCCAUGUUAACACUCCUGCCGGGGUGCCUGUGUAAGCUCUUGUUUUGAAGUUUUAACGUUGGGCCUAUUAUUUUCUUUAUUAUAGUGUUGUGUUUUUCAUGUUGUUAAAUUAAGAUGGAAGAAUUUAAGAAAUGGUUUAUGUCAGGCCUAAUAUGAAUUUAAAAUGUAUGUUUAUAUUUGGUGGUAAAGGAUUUUGAUACAUUACUGUUUUGACUUGAGUUGGAGGAACGAGAGAAUGUUUUCUGUUGGGUUAGUAGUAACUAUCAGACAGAAUUUAUACAAUCCGCAAAAUUGAAUGCACUUGUUUAAUUUGACUGCCACGUAAUCCGAAUGGUUAAAAUUGUAUGAAUGAUAACUGCUGAAAUAGUUCCUAUAUGCUUAAUUUCCCCAUCCAUCUGAAAUGAAUACAUUUUCACUGUAUAUUAUACAUGGAUCACCGUAGUACUGCUAACAAUAUGAACCUCCACUACUGUUUAACAUUGUACAAAAGUCUGUCUUAAAAUUUCUCUGGCCACUUUAGAAUAUGUUUAUAUGUACAGUAAUCACAUUUAAUAGAAUCCUUGCUUGUUCUCAAAUGUGAAUGAAUGUGUGUAUAUAUAAGGAGUUCCUUUCUUUUUCUAAAGGUGAAUAAUUGCCUAGGGUAAGAGUUGAAAUAAACAAAUGACAUUUUCAAUACUGUAAACAUGAGAAAUAAAGUCUAUUUACCCUUA